GAGGUAUUUCCUCGUUUUGAAUCGGGGCGCAGCCUUUGGGUUCCUCGUUGGAUUAAAAGCGUGAUUUUGAACCGCGCAGUGUUUGGAGACAACACACCUAAUCACCAUUACGCAGCGCGAGGAGGAGCCUCGCAGGUAUCGGCUGAAACCGAGCAAAACAAAACUUAUCGGGACGAGUUUAGAACGUCACAAUAACAACAAACGAUGUGAUCUAAUUCUAAUGGGUUUUGGGCAAAUGUAAUCUGUAAAAAAGAAGAAGAAAUUGAACCGUUGGAUGUAUUUGAAAAGCUCUUCAUGGUAGUGGAGAAUAGUCGAGGUGUUUAAUUUAGCAAAAAUAAAGAAAACGGUUGGACUUGGCUGAGUGAGGUGGACAGUGCAAAUGCGUUCGAAGAUCCGUUUAAUUUUUUUUUAGGAAUUGCAUUGGUGCAAAACAUUUUAGAAUUUGUGAGAUGUAUUGAUUUUGUUCCAACACUAAACUGCACCCACCAGCAAUGUGAUUAAGCUGGACAGGGCUCAGUGAUCUACAUAAUCUAUUCAACUAAUUACAAAGGCACGAACACACUAAGCUUGUCUCACUGUUGUUGUCUAUCACUGAACUUCUCUGAAUCAUCUCUCUCUCUCUCCUCCAUUCCCUUUUGUUCCCCACCAGCUCCCACCAGAUAACCAGGUAUGAUUCAGAGGAAGGAGGUCGUGUUGUCCGUUCUGGGGAAUCUCCAGGAGGCCACGGAGAGCUCCGGCCUGGACGCCCUGACCAGAGUGGCCCUGGAGGUCGACCGGGCUCUCGCUCCCUUCCAGCUCCCACAGACCCCGUGUCAGGAUUUCCCCGAGUGGACGGGCGUGGAUGAAACGGCUCAUGGCCUCUACCCGCCCGACGCGCCCGCGGGCCUCCUGCCUGUGAAGUGCCUCGGAGAGGGCAACCUUCUGUUCGAUGCCGUCAGCCUGCUGUUAGUGGGCAACACUGGACUCAGCUUGGAGCUGCAGGUACGGACGGUAGCGGAGAUGGUGCUGUGGAAGAGAUACUACCUGUCCGGGAUGAUCGAUUCAAAAAUGAUGCUUCAGGCUGUUCGCUUCAGUCUUUGUGCCGAAGAGUCCGAGGACAUGCUAAACCUCCCUGCCGCUGUCCUGGAGGCCAUCUUUGAUGCCGAUCUCAAAGCGUCCUGCUUCCCCGGCUCCUACGCCAACAUGUGGCACCUGUACGCCCUCUCGUCGGUGUUGCAGUUCAACAUCUACUCCAUCUACCCAAUGUUCAACCUGAAGAUCCGACCCUAUUUCAACCGCCUCAUAACACCGAGGACCUGGCCCCAAGGCUGUGAGACGCUAACCCUUCACGUCAUGUGGUCGGGCGGGAUGCAGUCCGGCUCCUCGUUCAAGCCGAACCACUUUGUGGCACUGGUCCGGACGAGCGACCUCACGACCCGAAGCCCCGGCAGCGAGCGGAGGGCGUCGCCGACCAAGGGCGAGGAGCUGCGCAACGCGGAGUCGCAGCUCUCCUACCCGGGCCUGAAGGACAAGUACAACAUCACCAAGAGGACCUUCUACCGCUGGAAGAGGCAGACGCAGGAGCACUGCAAGAAGUCAGCAGCCAGGUACGAGGCCAAGUAUUUCCUGCAGGCCUGCUACCUGGAAGGCAAGCUCAUCCCUCUGCACCAAUUCAAGGAGUUCUUCCCUGAGAUCUCGAGGUCCUCGUACUACAACUGGAAGCACGAGCUCCUGAAAUCCGGCGGCAGCUUCUCCGCCUCGUCGUCCACCGGCGAGAUCAGUCCCGGCGAGAGCACGGAGCAGGAGGCCUGGUCUUCGCCGGAAGCCAAGAAGGACGAGCCGGACCCCCACGACAACCUGGUCGGCAUGUUUGGCCUGGGCAAGGUGGACGUGGAGCGGGCCCAGAACGUGGCCCACAUGCAGGAAGCGAAGCGCUGUCUGCAAAAUUGCAUCGCCAUGAACGGCGCCCUGCCCUUCAGGAUCUUCAAAAGAAACUUCCCGGGGAUCUCAAGAUCGACGUACUACAACUGGAGGAGAGAGGCCCUGCUGUUCCGUGGGGGUUACAAAGUCGCCGUUGGCAGCAGCGAGGACAGCUCCGACGCCGACAAGAGCCAAAGUCCAAACAACCUGUCUCCGGCCCUGCUUAACGCCAACCAGCAUUUCGCGCCCAAAGCCAGAGUCUGCAGGCAAAAACACAAAAUCUUCAGGCUGGCGUACAUGAGUAAAAAACGGCUCAGAGACGCCGCGAAGCUUCACGUCCAAAGGUCCAAGUGGUCCCUGACCAAGUUCAAGCUGAAGUUCCCCUCCAUGUCCCCUUGCUUUUACUGGCUCUGGCGUAGCAGUCAGAACCGCAAGAAGAAGAAGAAGAAGGAGAUUGUCGAGCAGAACGCAGGGGUCGAGCUCCCGGAGGGGCUCGAGGUCACCGCCGCGGACGACCAGGUGACACCGAGGAGGGUGGAGGUUGAGCGCGUGCUCCCGCUUGUCGAAAGUCCCAAAUAUGUAGAGAGCUCGCCCUUCCAUGCCCCACAUUCAAAGCACGCGCUUCACGGCCAGGCCCCCAUAGAGGCGCAGAUGUUUGCGAUGGAUGUUGUGGCUCUGGCCAACUUCAAGGCCAAGGCCAAGCUGUUCCUGCAGCAACGCUUUGAGGAGAAAUCCUUCCCCACGUUCAAAGAGUUCCGGUCCUACUUCCCCUUCACCCCUCGCUCGACGUACUACAUGUGGAAGCGAGCGUUGCAUCACGGCGUGUCACUGGUUCACGGGUAAGCUUGACCGCUUUUUAGGUGCCACAAAGAACCUCGGUGCCUCGAAACUGUAAACACACUACCUCCGAUUUCGGGUCGCCAUGUUGUCUCGCUCUAAAAGACAGUUAAGUGCACUGGUUUAGCAUCUAAAUGCUUUGUGUCCUUCCUCUGCCCCCGCCACCUCGGCUCCUUCCUCCCUCCUGGACAUUUGCACAUGUGUGAAAAGAGACCGAGACGUCGGUCGGUUUAAACCCUGCAACUUGCCCCGCAGGCACAUGGGCAGUUCAAAGCUGUGUUUGAAUGCUAUUUAGUUUGAAGGACUUUCUCAUCUUUUUUGAGCCAAGCAUUGUACUCAUGUGUACCUUCUUUAUUUUGCAUUAUUCAUUUUUAAGUGCAUGCUUUUUUUUAUAUUUGAUUUUGUUGUGCGUUUCUGAUAUUGGUAUGGGCAAUUCUAAGAUUCUGUUCAGUUUAGUUAGUUUGAUUGAUGAAUUUAGCUGGUAUUUGACGUCAGAUGAGUUUACACUUUGUGUAAAACAGGGUUCCUGUCCGUUUACAUUCCUUUUGAUUGUUAAAUCUACUUUAAGCUGGUUAAGAUGCCGUUUUUUCUUCUUUUUGAUGUCCUACUUAUUAAAUGCCUUCUUGGGUUGUGAUGAUGAAGACCAUACAAACUGAGAGUUUUGUAAUGCUCACACUGUAUUUGCACUGAAAUGAUAAUGACACGUUGAAUGUAUUUCCUUGACCACCAUGCACCCUCGUUUUUUUGUUUUAAACCACAGUUUACAUUUCUUUACUUAAACUGAAUAUAAAUGAAACAGGUUUAUAUUUUGGCGUUUAGUUCCAAACUACCUAUUUGCUUUCAUGUGCAAUGGUUUUGAGUAAAUAAAGUUCAG